AAGGUGCAUCCUCCAUCCACCAAGUUCCAUGCUAUGAAAAAUUCAAUUUCUCACUCUAAUUUUAUGACUCCAUCGUCGUUAUUGACUUAUUGUACUUGUUUCUAUUUACUCUCUGGUAUCUACCUUACCCUCUGACUUGUUUAGUUCACUUAGUUUUGUUUUACACGGAUUGUAGUUGUUCCUUCUCUCUUCCCAGUUCAUGCAUUAUAAUUACAUUAAUUAAUCAUCAUUAAUUUAAUAUUAACACCAAAUUAAUAGUAUUCUUUUUUGUGAAUGCACAUUGCAGGAAGCUCUCACUUUUCAGCAUUCACACAAAGGUGGAUGGAGAAUUGAAGGCCCAAUCUAAAAUCACAUCCUUCAAAUACAAACACACACACUCCUCUCACUCUCAUUCUCACUCCACAUAAUAUAAAUUUCUGCAUACAACUCAACAAAUCCACCAACAUUCUCAAUCUCUUACACCCUUCUCUCCAUUCACUUUUCUCCGAAACCAAAAAAAAAAAAAAAGAACAAGUAAAGAUAAUAUGAACGAACAACUCACCCUUCUCUGUCUCUUUAUCCUCGCCUCAUCUCUCAAUGUGGGUUUCGCCGACAGCGACGCGGUGGCCGGAGACAAAAACCCCUUCACGCCAAAAGCCUUCGCGAUUCGCUAUUGGGACAAGGAGAUCCGCAACGGCUUGCCCAAACCACCCUUCCUUCUGUCAAAGGCCUCGCCGCUGAGUGCCGUCGACGCGGCGGCGUUCGCCAAGCUCGCAUCCAGCAACACUCUCUCCACGCGCCUGCCGGAAUUCUGCUCCGCCGCGAAACUCCUCUGUUUCCGGGCAGUGGGACCCAGCCUCGAGAAGCACGACAAAGACGCGAACUUCGCAGUGUACCGCGACAAGAACUUUACCAACUACGGAACGGGUCGACCCGGUGGGGUUGACUCGUUCAAAAACUACUCCGAGGGAGAGAACAUUCCGGUGAACGAUUUCCGGAGAUACAGCCGCGAUUCAGCAGGACACAAGGAUAGUUUCGCCAACUACGGCACUGAAGGGAACGUAGUGGACCAGAGCUUCCACACCUACGCCGCUGGAGCCACCGGCGGCGCCGGCGAGUUCAAGCACUAUUCAGGUGACACCAACGUGCCGAACCUCCAGUUCACCUCCUACUCCGACAACGGCAACGGAAGGACCCAAUCCUUCUCUUCUUACUCGGAAAAUGGCAAUGCCGGCGAACAAUCGUUCACCUCGUACGGCAAAAACGGUAACGGCCCAACCAACGAUUUCUCAUCCUACGGAACAGACUCCAACGUUGUCGGCUCCGGCUUCUCCAAUUACGCCGAAACUUCAAACGCCGCUAACGACACUUUCAAAGGCUACGGCAUCAACAUGAACAACCCCACCAACACAUUCUCCAACUACGCCGCCGGCGGCAACGGCGCUACCGAGAGUUUCUCGAAUUACCGCGACAAGGCGAACGUCGGCGCCGAUUCCUUCACCUCCUACGCAAAAUCCUCCAACGCCGCCAAAGUGGGUUUUAACACCUACGGCAAAUCCUUCAACGAAGGAACCGACACAUUCACAAGCUACGCCAAAGGCUCCAACGGAGAAACAAAGGUGGGUUUCACUUCCUACGGCGUUAACAACACUUUCAAAGAGUACGCAAAAGAGGGUGUCUCGUUCGCCAAGUACACCAACGUGAGCACCACCCUAAGCGCUUCGAAAACAGUGAGUGGCAGUUUCGUAAAUAAGUGGGUUGAACCGGGUAAAUUUUUCAGAGAGAAGAUGAUGAAGGAAGGGACGGUGAUGCCCAUGCCUGACAUUAGAGAUAAAAUGCCGAAAAGGUCCUUUUUACCACGGAGCAUUUUGUCGAAACUACCCUUUUCCUCGUCGAAGAUGAACGAGUUGAAGCAAGUGUUCAAGGCUUCGGACAAUGGAUCCAUGGAAAGUAUGAUGAGGGAUUCAUUGCAAGAGUGUGAGAGAGUCCCAAGCCGCGGCGAGACCAAGCGCUGCAUUGGCUCGCUGGAGGACAUGAUCGACUUUGCAACCUCUGUUUUGGGCCGAAACAUUGCGGUUCGGACCACCCAGAACCUAAACGGGUCCAAGAACAAGGUCAUGGUGGGCCAUGUUAGAGGAAUUAACGGUGGGAAAGUUACCCAAUCCGUGUCCUGCCACCAGAGUUUGUUCCCCUACUUGCUCUAUUACUGCCACUCCGUUCCUAAGGUUCGAGUUUACGAAGCGGAUCUACUUGACCCGAAAACUAAGGCCAAGAUUAAUCACGGUGUUGCCAUCUGUCACUUGGACACCUCGGAUUGGAGUCCCACCCAUGGAGCUUUUCUUUCUCUCGGGUCUGGUCCGGGUCGGAUCGAGGUUUGUCAUUGGAUCUUCGAGAACGACAUGACCUGGACCAUUGCUGAUUGAGAAUAAUCACACGAUCGGGGGUCUAUAGGAAAUUAAAGUUAAAUUAAAUUAAACCGCUUCUGUUCUGCUAAGAAAAUUUAGCAGCCGCGAGAGCAAUUUGUUUUUAAUUUUAAAUUAAGUAAUGUAAUUUUUUUUGGUUGAAUUUUUAGUUUUGAUAGAAAAGUUUAAGGUAUGGCUUUACUACAUUUGGAAGAAGGUAUAUUUUAUAUGAAGAUUAAUGUUGUUAUUAUUUAUAUGUAAGUGGCUUUUAAAU